GUUUUUGUCAAGAAAAAUGACAUCUAUUAUGUACCAAGCAUAGGUGCUAAGAGUAUACAAAUAACCAAGACUGGCAAAGAUGGAGAAAUUUAUAAUGGGAUUCCUGACUGGGUCUAUGAAGAGGAAAUUUUAUCUACAAACAAUGCUCUCUGGUGGUCAGAAGAUGGAAAGAAACUUUGUUAUGCAACUUUUGAUGAUAGCAGUGUCCAAGAAAUGAAAUAUCCAUUUUAUGGGAAUUAUGGCGAUGAAGAUAAUCUUUAUCCCAAAAUAAUGAAUUUAAGAUAUCCCAAACCAGGUACAAGUAAUCCUAAAGUGAUGCUACAGGUUGUGGAGUUAACUACGAAACCUGGUGUUCCAGAAAACAUAACAAUUCCUGAAGAGAUGAAGGAUAAGGAUCAUUAUAUCACCCAAGUUACAUGGAUUGAUAACAAUCAUUUAGCAGUGGUGUGGCUAUGCAGAUCACAGAAUUAUUCUAUAAUCAGUGUAUGUGAUAGAGUUAAUAAUAGCUGGCUAUGUGUAAAGAAUAUAGAAGAAAAAAGCAAUUCUGGUUGGGUAGAACUUUAUGAAAAACUUGUCAUCAGUGAAGAUAAGAAGGCUUAUUUCGUACGUUUGCCAGUUAAUGAUGGUUUGAAUGGAAAAUUUCGUCAUGUUUUCAAAGUGGACAUACAGAAGCGACAGAAGAUUUCUGUGACACAUGGAAGUUAUGAUGUCACUGGCAUUCUUUGUCAUCAAAAAGACACUGUGUAUUACACAACCACCUUGGAAGACAAACCUGGUGAGAAUCAUGUUUUUAGUGCAAGGGUUAUGAGUGCAGCUGCCAAGGAGAAGUCAGAGGUGUGUUUGACGUGUGAACUUGGAGACCAGUGUUUGUAUAAUAGUGCAAUCUUCAGUCCUGGAGCCAAAUACUACAUUGUGGAGUGUUUAGGGCCAGGAGUUCCUAGAAUUGAAUUGCGACAAGUAGAAGAAAAUAAAUUACUUUUGGUGUUGGAAAAUAAUGAUGAACUGAGAGAACUAUACCACCAGAGAGUGUUUCCUAAAGUUCAAACUUUCAAAGUUCCUGUGACUGCUUCCUUCAGUGCAAUAGUGCGACUAUUCCUUCCACCUCAGUUACGCAAAGAAGAAAUCACUAAGUAUCCGAUGCUAGUCUAUGUGUAUGGUGGUCCUGGAAGCCAACUUGUCACUGAAAAGUUUGGUGUCAGUUGGGGAACCUAUCUUGCUAGUAAUAAAAGUUUUAUUUAUGCCAUGAUUGAUGGUAGAGGAAGUGGUAAUCGUGGUGAUAGCGUACUCCAUGAAAUAUAUAAAAACCUAGGAAGUGUUGAAAUACAAGAUCAAAUAAGUGUUGCAAGGUAUCUUAGGGAUGACUUACAGUUCAUUGACAAUGAAAAAAUUGCCAUCUGGGGAUGGUCUUACGGAGGUUAUGCUACAGCUAUGGCUCUUGCCAUGGAUACAGAUGUCUUUCAAUGUGGAAUGUCUGUAGCCCCUGUCACUAAUUGGCGUUAUUAUGAUUCUAUAUACACUGAACGUUACAUGAAACUUCCUCAAGAAAACCACAUUGGAUAUGAGAAAUCUAACUUGUUGAAGAAAGCAGGAAAUAUCAAAGGGAAAAAUUUUCUUUUGGUUCAUGGAACAAGUGAUGACAAUGUACAUAUCCAGCAGUCAAUGAUGCUUAUGAAAGCUUUUUCUGAAAAGGAUGUGGUUUACCAAACCCAGGUUUAUCCAGAUGAGAAUCAUUCCCUCCCUCAUGUAAAACUCCAUCUCUAUCAAACCAUGGAAAUAUUUCUUGAUCGUUGUUUCAAUCAACAGAGGAAAUAGAUCUUCAGAAAACUAACAUACUUCAAUUGAUUCACUAAAGUUGAUAAUUUUAGAUACUUAAUUUCUCAUCAAGUAUAUUCAAUUAUCCCAGAAUUUCAUAUAAAAUUAUAUUAACUCUUUCUCUCAAAUGAACUUCACAGUCAAACAUUUCUUCUUCUCAUCUUUUAAAACUGUGAGUUUCUGAAAUACUGUAUAGAUUAAACAUUUUUUAGAAGAAUCUUAUAAUCUAACUUUAUGCCAAAUUAUUACUUGCUAUAUAAUAAAAUAUCAGUCAAAGAAGAUUGUGAGUAAAAAAGAUUAUAAAGUGCUCCAGACUCAAGGGACAGAAGUCUCUGGGUUAAGUGACAUGUCAACUUCUACCACUACUUUAACCAUUGCCUAAUAUGUUAAUAUUUAUUGUUUAUUAUUCAGCUAUAGGAUUCUGAUAAAUCCAUUUUUAUUAAGAUUGUUGUUUUUGAUACAUCAUAGCUGUAACAUAUUUCACAACUUUUCCAUUAAUUUGCUAGUGCAUGAUUUACAGCACAUCUUAUAAUUUAUAAACUGGUUAUAGGUCAUUCAUAUAAAGUUAUCUUCAGAUCAAUUACCUCUAAA